AAAAACUACACAAUGCACGCCCUGUGACCCUGGCACCUACUGCUCCUACCCCAGGGCUGCUUGAACCCCACGCAAACUGUACGGCAGGCCACUACUGCGAGCUGGCCUCUACAGAGGCUGCUCCGGAUGGCCAGGCCUAUGGCUAAAUGCCCAAGGGACAUUAUUGUGAACAAGGGACUCCGCACAACCCCAUGCCCCCGUGGCACGUACAAUUCUGAGGAAGGCAAGCAGUCUCUGAUGGACUGUGUGGACUGCCCUGCCGGCCAGUACUGCUACACCUCGGGUAACGACUCUAUCACAGGGAACUGCAGUGCAGGCUACUAUUGCACACUGAAAGCCCAGGAGAGCAACCCUACAGAUGGCACCACGGGUAACAUCUGUCCGAUCGGUUCCCACUGUCCUGUGGGUUCCCCAAGCCCUGUGAUGUGUUUGCCGGGUACCUACACGAAUGUGACAGGCCAGGCAGCCUGCGCAGUGUGCCCCGCAGGAUUCCAGUGCGUGGGCGGCUCCAGUGUGGUUCCCUGCUCCCAGGGCCAGUAUUGUCCACAGGGUACCGGCCUGACCACUCAACCAUGCCCAAUUGGCACAUAUGGCCACAGUGAGGGUCUGGCUAACUCCACAGAAUGUACGCCAUGCAGCACAGGCACCUAUUGUGACACCACGGGUCUCACACAACCUGCUGGAAACUGCUCUGCUGGAUACUUCUGCACCAUUGGUGUGAGCCUGAGUGUUCCUGUGGUGAGUACCGGACUGCACACAGGAACCGGAGACAUCUGUCCCCCGGGAGCUGAGUGCCCAUAUAGCUCCGGGUACUUCAGCUUCUGCAAGCCUGGAACAUAUUCGCCUGCCAGAGGAUCCCAGACAUGCCUGCCUUGCCCUCCAGGCUCAUACUGUGUGAAUGCCACAAUCAACCCAGUGGUGUGCCCCACAGGCCACUAUUGCCCGCAAGGAACCACCAUGGCACUGGAGUUCCCAUGUCCUAUGGGCACUUACAACAAUGUCACAGGUUCCACCAACGAGACCGCUUGUAUUGACUGCCCGCCAGGUUACUAUUGUGAGGGAACAGGAAACACCGUCCCAGACGGCCAGUGCGAUGAAGGGUUCUGGUGCGCAGGAGCAGCUUUCAGCGCCCGGCCUUAUGACUCCGGUAACCUCGCAUCUAGCGGAGGUGGUGCUAGUGGCCUCUACUCCAAUGACACUUGCGCGCCCACCUGGGACUGCGUGUGUCCAGACUUCCUGAUGUCUACUGGCGGCAUCUGUCCUAUGGGCUACUACUGCCCCCAGGGAUCCUCUAAACCGAUUGCUUGUGACAAGGGCAUGUAUUGUGAGACACCAGGCCUUCCAUUGCCCACAGGUAACUGCUCUGCUGGUUACUACUGCAACAACGCCAGUGCCACGCCCACCCAGCACCCGUGUCCUGUGGGUCACUACUGCCUGGUAGGCCUGCAGCCCAUCCGCUGCCCUGCGGGCACCUUCUCCAACCAGCAGUACAACGAGGAGCUGCUUGACUGUAACAACUGCACUGCCGGAUAUUAUUGCAAUGGAACUGGACUGACUGCUGAAAGUGGUCUAUGUGCACCCGGCUACUACUGCCCUGGAGGUCAGAGUUCAAUCACCCCCUUGGGUCUAGAAUGCUGGCCAGGCCAUUACUGCGAGGAGGGAGUUACCAUCCCUGUGUUCUGUCCAAAUGGAACCUACCAGCCAAAUUCUGGCCAAUCAGUUUGCGAGAUCUGUGACCCUGGAUUUUAUUGUAACCUUGCUUCAGGGGGUCAGACAACAUGCAAUGGUCUUGCCAUAACCACCCCUGCCAACUGCACAAUGGGCCACUACUGCCCCCUAGGCUCCAGCCUGCCCACCCCGUGCGCAGUGGGAACCUACGGAGACGCCCUCAACUACCAGGCGCAGGCUAACUGCAGAGACUGCACUCCGGGCAUGUACUGCGGUACCGCCGGGCAGAUCGCGCCCACGGCCAACUGCAGUGCCGGAUACUACUGCACUGGGGCUGCUGAAGAAGCCUCACCUGUCAAUCAUAAGGUUGACCCCAAUGACAACACCAGCUUCACAGGUAACGACAUUUGCCCCGUUGGAUACUUCUGCCCUGAGGGUUCGGACUACCCUGAGCCUUGCCCUAUCGGCACAUUCUCAAGGAGUACAGGGGUCACACAGGUCGAGGAUUGUCUCCCCUGCCUGCCAGGACACUACUGCUUCGUACAGGCCAAUAUCAAGAACUCCACUAUGCCAGCUUGUGAUCCAGGCUAUGUAUGCUUGGAAGGCAGUAGCACGCCCAACCCAACGGACGGCGUGACAGGCUAUAUCUGCCCACGGGGUCACUUCUGCGAGGCAGGAACCACCCAGGAAGAAGCCUGUCCCCCAGGCACAUAUCAGGCCUCCCUUGGCCAGGACAACUGCACAGUCUGCCCCGCUGGAUACAUGUGUCUCUAUAGCAACAUGACAGUCCCAGAGCGCUGCAUGACAGGUCACUACUGCGUGUUUGGUGACCCCAACCCUGUGCCCUGUCCACCAGGAACAUUCAACAAUGACACAGGACAGGACCAGGCAUCUGACUGUACGGACUGCUCUGUGGGAAUGUACUGUGAGGGCACCGGAAAUACUCUGCCGGAUGGUGACUGUGAAGCGGGAUACUUCUGUCAAGGAGGAGCCAAUCAGAGCACACCUGUACCGUCUGGUUCAUUCCCAUUAAACGGACCAUGCCCGACUGGCCACUUCUGUCCAAACGGCACCAAACUGUGGGAGAAGUGCCCCGCCGGAACAUUCCGUCCUGUCACAACUGGUAAAACUGUGGACGACUGUCAGGCAUGCACAGGUGGCAUGUACUGCGCCAUAGAUGGACUCUCAGCGCCCACAGGCAACUGUAGUAAAGGCUAUUACUGCCCAACUAACGAGACAACUAAUUCAUCAACACCUACUGGUUUUGAGUGUCCAGUGGGCUACUACUGUUUGGAAGGUUCUGCUGCACCGACGCCCUGUCCAGCAGGUUUCUUCUCCACGACGAUUGGUCGGUGGGAGUGCCAACCAUGUCCUGCAGGAUACUAUUGCACUAGUGGAGAAUCCGCCGAGCAAAAAAUCUGUCCUGCCUACCACUACUGUCCAGAAGGCACAAUGGUUCCCAAUAUUUGCCCCAAUGGUACCUAUACAUACGACAACACAACGGGGCUACAGCAAGCCUCGGAGUGUCUACCAUGCGAGACAUCUGUGUACUGUCGCAGUGGCCAGCUGUCGAGCGAGUGUGUUGCCGGAUACUUCUGUCUCUCUGGCAGCAAGAGUGACAUGCCCCCGACCACCACAAACUUCAGUGGGUGUGAGCCGUACGACGAAUGUGCAGGGCCCUGCCCUACAGGUCACUACUGCUUGGAGGGCACCUACAUACCUACGCCCUGUCCGGAAACUGUGUACCGGCCAAUUGUAGGCGCAGCACAGCUUGAGGAUUGCGACCUUUGUCCAGCUGGAUACAUGUGUGAUAACGGAACCACUAACCCAGUGCCGUGCAUUGCGGGCCACUACUGUCUCAACGGUACCGGCAUAUCGGUCUCAGAGCCAAUUCCUUGCCCCGUCAACUUCUACCUAGACACAACUGGAAACGACGUGCUGGCUGACUGCAAGCCCUGUAUUAGUGGCUACAUCUGCAACCAGACAGGUAUGACUGACUACUCCUUGUAUCCGUGUCCGUCCGGGUUCUACUGCCGUAAUGGUGAGGAUCCAGAGCUAUGUCCGGCGGGCCGCAUGAGAAACACGUCAGGUGCUGGAGAACCAGAAGACUGCCCCCUGUGCCGCGCCGGAUACUACUGUCCGAAUGACACCAUCAAUUUGCACGGCAUCCCGUGCAGGCCCGGCUACUACUGUCCCACUGGAUCGCCAAUAGAACUGCUCUGUCCACCCGGAAUGUACUGCGAGGGAGUGACAGGAGAUCCACCGCUCUGUCCACCGGGCUACUACUGUCCAGGAGGCACUAUCGAGCCCAUACUUUGCGAAAAGCCUUUCUAUUGUCCACUCAAUAGCAGCUAUCCAAGUGUUUGUGACCUUGGUUAUCAGGCUCUUGAUCACGCUGGUUUACGGUAUGACUCAACUCUCUCAUGCAGAAUCUGUCCGGCUGGUACCUACGGCAACUACACUGACCGCUCCAUCUGCGAGGCCUGUCCGGGCGGCUACUACUGCCCUGCUGGCACAGGCCACGGUGACAGCAACAUAUGCCGCAUGGGCUCUUAUUGCCCAGUAGGCUCCCAUUACGAGAAGUCCUGCCCAAGAGGAACGUACGGCACAUUCACCCGUGCUGAAGCCGUCUCAGACUGCACGCUCUGCCCUGCUAAUGCCUACAGCAACCUGGACUACGCAACACGAUGUGAGACGUGCGGUAAAACGUCCACAUCUCCUGAAGGAUCCACUGCAUGCAGCUGCAAGGGCAAGUACCGAACAUUCCAGGAAUCGUUUAAAGCAUGCGUGUGCCUUGCUGGCUACGUCUACUAUGAUGACCUUGACCUUGAAAAGUCUGAACUCGAUGGUGACGAGGACUGUCAGCUGAUCUCUGAUGACCGAUGCAGCACUCACCAGGUUCGUGACUCCAGCACCCGCAAGUGCGUCGACCCGGACACUGUCAGCUGCGAGGGCUGGGGUGGAUGCGCCUCUGCAUACUACAGUACCGACCAGGGAAGAUGUUUCUGUGACAGUUAUGUGUCCGAGACCUCUAUAUGCCCUCCCAGCUGUGAAGCCACAACCAAACCUCAGAUGGAAGGCUCUCUCUUGGCUAACGGCACGCUGGCCAUUACCAUCAUUGACCCAGUGACAAAAAUACAGACUAUAACAGCCAUGCCUGACUGCCUGGGCCCAGGAGAAGGUUUUGAAGGUCAGAUCAGUAAAACAAUCCUUGUGGUGGCCAUGUGGGGAGACCAGGUGACAGGCGCAAUAUACACCAACGCUGAUUCUGCACAUGACGCAUUCAAGAGCCUUGAGGAGCUAUCCCAGGAGGCAGCAGCAGUCCUGUCAGGCCGUCGUCGUCUGCUCGCUCUCACCGUGCCAACGACCCACAUUCCAAACCCUGUGCUGUGUGUGGAGUCGGGCGAGAUGGUGAUCUUCAAGAUAAACAUCAACCACACGGACCGUGCACAGAGCCAUUAUCCCAAGUACAACAAGGACCAUCUGUUCAGCACCAAUCCCACGUUUGACUUUGGCGCUUUCACGUCACUCAAGUACCAAGUGGAGAACACCAAUGCCAACAUCUCCAACUUCGCGCAUGUGUUUAAUGAGGGUGGAAAUUACGUGUUUUAUGACGCUGCUGACCCUACUUUGGAGGUGUUGAUCCGAGUUGAGCCCGAAGGGGUUGAAUGCUCAUCGUCUGCAAGAAUAAAGCCUGCAAGCCCAGAUAACAUUAUAGCCCUUGGUUUUGCCACACAGAACGUUGAAAACCAGGCCCCUGACUGGUCCCUUAUUGCAGGCAUCAUCGCAUUCUUUGCUACCUUGUGUCUGCUACUGGUGCUUGCCAUUUUCAUCUGGCUGCCCAAGCAUGCAGGCUUGCACCCAAUGUUACACUGGGCUCCAAAGUACCGCAGUCUGGGCAAACCACCGCCCGUGCCUCACUACAUGCGAUAUGACCCCGACCACUGGCCCGAGAAACCAAUUGAGUCAGACGUGAAGGUCAGUCUGGGACCAAGGGUCACAGGAGACGGAGCCGAUGCUGAUUUGCUGGCUGCAUCAACUCGAGAUGGUGGAGUAUUGGCCAGUGAGAAGGACUUGGAGGACUUCAAUGUGCGCGUGCUCUACGACAAACUAGAGGACCAAAACCUGCACCUCGCCGCCCAGUUGGCACGGCAACAGGAGGACCUGCGCAAUUUCUACAAGAAGAUCCAGCAGCAGAACGAGGGCCUGCGCGACCUCCUUAUGAACAUGGACCCUGAGAAGCUUCAGCAGCUUGAGAUGAGGCUCAACGAGCGCAAGGCCGCGCGCAUACGUGAUGGGCUGCAGGGCGCGUCGGGAGACAUGGGUCCGAACAUUGUAAAUGCCACCAUUGGCAUCGCUGGAUCAAAACAUAAGUUUGCAGGUGCUGGCGCUGGAGGUCGGGAGGCUGACCUCAUGUUGGCACUGCAGUUGCUGCUAGACCGACUGAAUACUGGCCAGAUCCCUAUCUCUCAGACAAUCUACGAGCAGCUGAGGAAGGAUGGCGGAGUCGAAGGAGGGGCCACCACCAGUAGCAGCAGUGACACCACCAACAUCAACUUCACUGGACCCAUGGGAGGCAGCCAGAUGAGCCGAGCUGUGGCCGAGCUGUUACGUCGCCAGAACGGGGAGCGUCUGCGUCUGGAACGAGAGCUUCUCAAGGAGGAGCAGACGGCGCUUGGACAGGACGUUGAGGAGGAGGAGAACAGACGACGUCACGUGAGAGACGGUCUCACCGAUGGGCUGGUCACUGACCUCCAUGGCGCAGACAGCGCCGCCCAGAUUGCUGAGAUCAUGAGUCGCUAUGGCAAGAACCUGGAUGACACAAUGAACAAACAUCAGACCUCUCGGGAUCGCCAGUCAGAGGAGCUGAGACGUAAACUGGCCAUGAGACGCCAGACCAGAGAGCAGGCUCUCAGGCAGAAGCAGUCUAAAGAGGCGCAGGAAGCUGGCCUUCCCGCCAUACCGGAGCCAGCAGAUGUAUCAGACAUGAAGCUGCGCAUGUCGGAGAGUGUGCUGGACACACUUGCGGCAGAGGAGACGUCCGGGCAGGCCAAACUGGAGGCGGAGCUUGCCGGAGACCUCGGGGAGGAGGAGAGGAGACAGAUGUGCGAGAAGAUGAAAGAUCACCUGGGUCGCAUGGCAGAGCAUGGCGUGGUGAGUGUGGAAUUGCGGGACCAGUUGCUACAGCAACACAAGAGUGCCGAGGAGGCGUUACAGAAGACGCACAAGGCCCGCAAACAGAGCCAGCUGCAGAACCUGCAUGAGAAGAUGGCGCAACGGCGCAAACGACGCUUUGAGAAGCUGCGGGACGAACAGGAGCGAUACAAGAAUGAGAUGUCGACUCGUCUUAUCGAGGAAGGCCACACAGAGGACUUGGAGCGAGAGUUGGCGGCUCUGCAGCGCUUGUUUGAUCAGCAGAUGGCAGCAGCAGAGGCCGAGAUGGACGCAGAACAGAACGAGCAUAUCAACAAGCUGACCAAGACUCUAAGCAAUGAACACACCACAGGUUUGCGAGAGAAGCAGCGUGCACUGCUCAAGCUGGCCAGUGACAACUGCCCACCGUCGGAGCAGGUGUCCAUGCAGCGACUGAUGGACCAGUACCGCAAGGAGCAGGAGGGCAUUGAGCAGGGCAUCUCACUGGAGAAGGACAGGCAACUGGAAGACCUUAGGGCGAAACUGCAGGCUCGUAGAAACCGGCGAAUGAACGAAGCCACUCGUAAGAUGGAGGAGGACGAGGCCCAGAGAGUGGUUGCCGAGCAACGGAAGCAGAUGCAACAGGAAGUAGAGAAGGAGGCAGAGGUGAAUGUUGCCGUGGAUACCUCCCUGAUCAAACAACCCAAGGUCAACAUCGCAGAAUCAAUUGAAGAAAAGGCUUUGAAGAAAGAUCAAGAGCGUGGAAAGGAAGACCUGCGCAAGCAACAGAAGAAAGAGUUUGACAGUGUGGCAUCCAAGCUGGACUCAGAGGCUCAGAAGCAGGAGGAGGCGAUGAAGGGACAACUGAACAGCGAGCGAGAGAAGGUGCUUCGAGAGCUCAAGAACAAGCACGCUGCAGAGAUAGCGGCCCGACCUGACCUCAGUCAGGACCAGAUCAAUCUGUUAAUGGGACAGCAUGAGAAGGAAAUAGAGGACCUUGCAGACAGACUGGAGAACGAGAAGAACCGCCAGAUGCUCGCCUUGCGCGAGAGACUUGCCAAUCGCAGGAUGCGUAAACUGGACGACCUCCGCCGUCGACAGGAUGUCGAGCGCACAAAGGAAAUGCUGGAACAGAAGAAGGAGUUGGACGAAGUGCGUCUGAAGAAGGCCCGUGAGGCUGAGAGGGAGGCGAUCAUCGAGGGCAUCAAGGAUAACGGAGAGGAGGAUGGAGAGCGUGUUAUCAAGGCUGUGCUGGCGCAGCGACAUGCUCAGGAGAUGGCUGAUCUAGAUAAGCAGUUUGCAGCAGAGAAGCGUAUGAUGGUGGACGACGCUCUGAACAAGCUCAACGAGAAAUAUGACAAACUACGAGACCAGAUGAUGAAACGACAUGACCAGGAGCUAGCUGACCUACUGAAACAAGGCCUCAGCCCUGAUGAGCUUGCAGCCAAGAGGGCAGAGCUUUUGAACCAGCAGGCCCAGGAGUUGUCUACCCUGGACCGACAGCAGGCGGAGGAGAAGGGCGACAUUGAGCGCGGCGCAUUGGCUGACUGGGAACUACGCUUCGCUAAGGCCAAACUGGCUGCCAAGGAGAAACAUUACAAGGAGUUUGCGGAAGCUCUACGCGAGUUCAAGGGAGAUAAGGCGGGUGCACAGGCUGCAGAGGAGAUGGCAGCAGAGCUGGACGAGGUGAGACGUAGGCUGGAGCAGGAGAGGCUCGACUACGAGGCCAGGAUGAAGAAAGAACAGCAAGAUUUUGAGAAGGAAGAGCAGAAGCGUAUGGAGGAUCAGAUGGCAGAGUUUGCCCGUCAGCUCGAGUCCGAGACCCGACAGGAGAAGGAGAAGCAUGAGAAGAAUCUGGAGAGCCUAGCCAAGAGGAAGGACGACCUCAUUAAGACCAGGAGGGAGAAAAUGAAGGAGGAAGUGGAGCGUAUCCGCGCACAGGGAGCCAGCGCCCAGGACCAGCAGGACCUGCUAGCCCAGCACGAGCGGGAUCUCCAGAGCCUCGUGAACAAGAUCGAUGCAGACAAGAUGCGCAUGCAGAGCACCCUGCAGGAGCGGCUUAAGAAGAAGAAGGAGGACCGGCUGAAGUCGAAGCAGAAGGAGCUGUUUGAGAACGCCGAGGAGAACCGGCGGGAGAUGGAGCACAAGCACAGCAGCCAGAUACAGAGGAUGAAGGCUGAUGAGGCUUUGACCCUCAACGAGGCACUCAAUAUUGACACGGCUACGGCCCGCAUGGAGUCCAGGGACUCCAGCCGCCGACCCGGAUCAUCUGCAUCCUCCCGCGGGACAACUGGCGAGCAAGAAUCACCUGCACCCAGACAGGAACUCCCACCAAUGUACAAGGAAGCUGCCCCGAUCAACGACGCGGAGCUGGUCGCUCUGCUGAUGGCUUCCCCGCUGUACCAGAAACUGGAGAGCAUCAAGACGCAGAUCGAGAAGGGAGCCCACCUCACUGGCAAGGGAGACAAAUCUGAAGGCCAAGUAUUCCAAGACUCAAAGGACAUUGAAUGGACAAGCGACUCCAAGCUGGAACCUGUUGACCUCAACAAGCUGGAUGCCCGCAAGUUCAUCGUGUACAAGUUUGGUGUGUUUGUCACCGAGCUAGUGGCCACACACUGUCAGCACGCACCCGUUACCUUGCUGUUGGCUGACAAGAUCCCGCCCAACGAGAGACUGCGUAACAACGCGUACAGGAAUUCCUUCUAUUUCGACGCCAACAACAGUAUCCUGUACCUGCGCUCUGCAAGACUGGACACUGUUGGAGAGUUUGUGGUCGUGCUGGUUCACACCCUGGCUCACAUCAAGUCUGGUGACCUGAGGAACGACCACAACCCUGACUUCUUGAAGGAAUACCACCGUGCGCUAGCAGUUGUUUGUGAUGACCUCUUCUUUGCCCGUUUCCGUCGCACCACCGUUGGCACAAUCAAGAACGAGCCAAGCAUUGACGCGGGUGUGAAGUUGCUGCAGCAGAUGUUUGGUCAGUGCCACACAGAGGAUGAGAAAAUCAAGAUGGUGGAUGAUCUCCUCGAUGUGAAACUGUUGCCCUCGACGACAGCUGAAGGGGUUCACUUUAAUGCUCAGAGACUGAAAGAAAGACUGAGUCAGUACUCGAGUUUCUCGAUGACCAACAAGCUGCACACGAUGCUGGGAAGCAUGGAGGAGAAAGUCCACCAGGCCAAGGCACAGGGCACCGGCCACAACGUCGACAAGGGACUCGUAUCCCUUAGCAACAAGUACUCACCUCCUGGUAUGUGCCCAAUAAACAGGAAGUUGCCUCUUCGUUUUGUCACGGCCAACAUGACAGGCCACGCCCUCUGGCAGACAUUCGCCAACCACGCUGAGAGUGACGACAAAGAGGAGCAAUCCCUGCCAGAAAUUAAAUCCAGCCAGGACCAGUACGAUGAUUUGUGUGCCGACUUCUCGGAGGUGAGCAAAGCUAUAGUUGAGGUACAGAGCAAGAUACAGCAGCUCAACGAAGAGGUCCCUGCUAAAUCAGGCCAGGCAGAAAGGUCAAAAGGGAAGAAAGGUCAGCCAGAAGGGCCAAGGACAGAUCUGGUGACCUCCACCAAUGAGAAGCUGUCACAGUUGAGGGCUGAGCUUACUAAGCUGGAGAUGGAGAAAACCAAGAUCAUGGAGAAAAUAAAUGAAACUCAGUAAAAACUGAACAUUCCUACCUUGUGACUGUAAAUAUUAACCAAUGAACAGACUUAAAAUAUAUUAAAGAAUUAUCUGAUUUAAUUAUUGUGGUUUUGUGUUAUCGGUGUUUCUAAUUGAACUUGGAGUUUAAAGGUAAUUUUUUGUCAAAAUUGGUGAAGAUCAGUUAAAUAUUGAUGUGAUGAAUAAAAAAGUUGAACAAUGAAAUAGACCUAAGAACAGCAUAUAUAGUCUUCUUUUCAUUCGAAAUGUAGUUUUAAUUGUUUUAUAAGGAAGUACAAACUAUAAGAAUAUAUAUAAUUCUAAAAAAUAAAAGAAUCCAUUCUUUCUUCUAACUCUUCACAUAUGUAAUUGCUUUUAUUUACUCAAUUGCUUUUCCUGUGGCUGUUUUUUAUUAAAGAUUUCUAUUCUAGAUUAGUAUGUAUACAUAGCUGUGAUAACUUUUUUUAAAGGGUAAACAAAAUAUGCUAACAAACUUUGAAAGGUUCAUAAACGUUUAUGUUUGUUGAAAUGUUCCGUCCAUUUUUCUUUUGGUACACAAUUAUUAUAAGGCAAUAUUUUAACAAUAUCCCUUAUCAGGUCUGAAAUUUAGGUAUUUUUAUUUCUAUUGUCAACUGUGAUUACAUCUGUGCUUUUUUUGUAUCUAAAUUUUAUGCUAUGCAUUCCGUCCUGCAAUUAUAUGCAUUUACUUUGUCCAAAAAUCUGUGAUACUUAUAUAUAUUUUCUGUAUUUACAUUUUGACAAUCAAAGAUUAAUAUGAUUUUUGAACAUAGUUUGAAAUUAUUAGAUGUUUAUAAAUUUUUAUUGUUUAACAUAACUGAAAUUUAAACAAAGAGUGACACCAGUCAGAUCUUUUGUUUGCAACAAUAAACUCUCUUUUUGUUACACAAAAUAAAUAGUUUUAUUUACACUGAACAGGUAAUCUUUUUGUUGAAAUAUUUUCAUCUCGUAUUUAAAAUGACAACAGAGUUAUUUCAAUCUAAUACCAAAAAAGUUGAAACAUCAAAGCAUACCGGUAAUUAACCAGAUCAAUAAAAGUCAUCAGCUCAGUAAGAUGAAAGAGUUUAACCUAAUUAUUUGGAAUCAGUUUAUCAGUUAAAUUAAUAAUUAUUGCUCACAAAUUGUUGAAUAAAAUCAUUUCUUCUGUA